AAAGUCAUCCUGCUCGCGGCCGUCUCGAGAAAUGGCCGAGAGCCGAGACCCCGCUAGUGAGCAGCUGAAGCGCUGGCAAGAACUGCGGGGCUCGCAGAAACCAGAUAAUGUGACCACAGGAGCCGGUAUCCCAGUGGGAGACAGUUUAAAUCUCUUGACUGUGGGUCCACGAGGCCCCCUUUUGGUUCAGGAUGUGGUUUUUACGGAUAUGAUGGCAAACUUUGACCGAGAGAGGAUUCCAGACAGAGUUAUACAUGCCAAAGGAGCAGGAGCUUUUGGCUAUUUUGAAGUGACUCAUGACAUCACCAAGUAUUGCAAAGCAAAGUUAUUUGAGCAUAUUGGCAAAAGAACUCCAAUCGCUAUGCGAUUCUCUACUGUUGCGGGAGAAUCAGGGUCAGCCGAUACAGUGCGUGACCCUCGAGGCUUUGCAAUGAAAUUCUAUACAGAAGAUGGUAACUGGGACCUUGUGGGGAACAACACCCCCAUCUUCUUUGUCAGAGAUGCAAUGCUGUUCAUAUCCUUUAUCCACACCCAAAAGAGAAAUCCACAAACUCAUCUGAAAGAUCCAAACAUGGUAUGGGACUUCUGGAGUCUUCGCCCUGAGUCUCUGCACCAGGUGUCUUUCCUGUUCAGUGAUCGCGGCAUUCCAGAUGGAUUUCGUCACAUGCAUGGCUUCGGAUCUAAUACUUUUAAGCUAGUAAAUGCUGAAGGAAAUGCCGUAUACUGCAAAUUUCAUUUUAAGACUGAUCAAGGAAUCAAAAACCUUACUGUUGAAGAAGCAGGAAGACUGGCCUCUGAAGAUCCCGACUAUGCCCUGCGCGAUCUUUACAAUGCUAUUGCUAAUGCAAACUAUCCUUCUUGGAGUUUCUAUAUCCAGGUUAUGACAUUUGAACAGGCUGAGACAUUUCCAUUCAAUCCUUUUGAUGUAACUAAGGUUUGGCCUCACAAAGACUAUCCUCUUAUCCCAGUGGGGAAGCUUGUCUUAAACAGAAACCCUGUCAAUUAUUUUGCUGAGGUGGAACAAAUUGCCUUUGCUCCAAGCAACAUGCCUCCAGGAAUUGAACCUAGCCCUGAUAAAAUGUUACAGGGUCGUCUUUUCUCAUAUCCAGAUGCUCACAGAUAUCGUCUGGGACCCAACUUCCUUCAAAUUCCUGUAAACUGUCCAUACCGCACUCGGACUGCCAACUACCAGAGAGAUGGACGUAUGUGUGUUUCUGAUAACCAAGGUGGUGCUCCAAAUUAUUACCCCAACAGUUAUACUGGCCCUGAAGACCAGCCCAGUGUGAAGGAGAGCAACUUUUUUCUUUCCGGUGAUGUACAACGCUUCAAUAGUGCAGAUGAGGACAAUGUAUCUCAAGUACGCAUAUUCUAUACCAAAGUGCUGAAUGAGGAAGAGCGCGAGAGGCUUUGUGAAAACAUUGCUAGUCACCUUAAAGAUGCUCAGCUUUUUAUUCAGAAGAGGGCUGUGAAAAACUUUACUGAUGUUCAUCCUGAUUAUGGUGCCCGCAUCCAAGCCCACCUGGACAGGUACACUGCUAAAGGCAGCAAAAAGGGAUGAGUGCAGGUUUUCCAGCUUCUUCCAUGUUUGGGCAAUCACCUUCCAUGCUGUUAUGAGGAGGAAACUAUUCCAUUAUUCUAGCGUAAAUCUUUUGGAUCAUCAUGGGAAACUGACAAUAAAGUGAGCUGUGGUGAACAUUGAA